AUGUUGCAAAUUACCGAGCAUGAAUCACUGGAUUUGGAACAGGAUCAAAACGGCGGUGGCAUUCAUAAACAUCAUAGCCUGAGCAAUGGGCAUGUUUUGAGUGUUGAAGAUAGUAGUGAGCAGCUUAGCUCCUAUGAGUUUGAAGAAGAGAGUGAUGACGACUUGCAAUAUUACGAGCGUGCAAUUCAAGAAAUUGCGAAGGGUGACUCGUAUAUUUGUAUGAUUUGUACGGUGGAAAUGGAUUACACCUGUCAAAUGUUUGCUUGCAAGAAAUGUUAUAGAGUAUUUGACUACGCGUGCAUAAGGGAAUGGGCAUUAAAGUCAACGGAAAAGACUGUAGACAAGAUAUGGAAAUGUCCGAAUUGUUACCAUGUUGGCAAAAAAGUUCCGACAAGAAAUAGGCCUACAUGCUGGUGUGGUAACGUCGUUAAUCCUGACCCUAACCAACUAGAUCCCAACUCAUGUGGACAAACCUGCAAUGCUCCCACUUGCGUUCAUGGCUGCUUCAAAAUUUGUCAUUUGGGGCCGCAUCCAGAAUGCACAAGAAUGGUUGAGAUUAAGUGCCACUGCGGUAGGCAUUCCAAAACCAUCUUUUGUUAUCAGUCCAAAGCUAUGAGGAGACGUUUUAAUUGCCAAGAAGAGUGUGGGUUGUCUUUAUCUUGUGGUGUUCACAAGUGUAAAAAAAAAUGUCAUUCAGGCUUAUGUGGGUCUUGUCCGGAAUUCAUCAUCAAUGAUGAUAGCUCAAAAAAGCAGAUAAAAUGCUAUUGUGGCAAUCACAUUCAAAAUAGUAUAAAGUGUAGUGAAGCAAGAUUUCCAAAAUCUGGCAGAACUUCAAAGGAUGAAAGUGGAAAUGAGUGGGCAGGUGUAUUUGCAUGUGCGGACAUUAGAACUGUCGACUACGCAUGCCACAAACAUUCUUUCAUCGAACCCUGUCUAAGCCCUCCAACAAUUAGUGGCCAAAAAACUUGCCCAUUUUUGCCUAGUCUACUGAAAACUUGCCCUUGUGGCCGAACAGCUCUGGAAGAGCUGACUAAACCUCGUAAGCAUUGCCAUGAUCCAAUACCGACGUGUAAUUCAAGAUGCAGUAAACCAUUAAAAUGUGGUAAACAUUUAUGCCCCUUCACUUGUCACGAUGGUGCUUGUAUGGAUCCCUGUUUACAGAUUGAUAGUGCAAACUGCUCUUGUGAGCAAAGUACAUUUUCGAUUCCUUGUGGAUUUCAAGAGAGUCCACGCUGUAACAUAAAAUGUGAGUCCCUGAUGUCAUGUCGCAGACAUAGGUGUAUUGAUAGGUGUUGUAGUGGUAGACCAUCGGCGAUACGAAGGAAAAAAAGCUUUUUCAGAUCACAAGAUUUGCUGGAUGAGUCACUUGUGGAAGCAAAGCAUAUAUGUCUAAAGCCAUGUAACCUAACAUUAUCAUGCGGUCUCCAUAAAUGUCAGAGAAAAUGUCAUCCUGGGAAAUGUCCACCCUGUUUGGAAAGUGAUUCGAACGAUCUGAUUUGUGCGUGUGGCAAAACAGUCGUUCCUGCGCCUGUACGUUGUGGCACAAAAUUACCAACAUGUAACCACCCAUGUAUUAAAGUUGUGCGCGGCGAAUCUUGGUGUGGUCAUAAGCCUAUGCCACAUACCUGUCAUCCUUCAAACAUAUCAUGUCCACCGUGUACGGAAACCGUCUUUAAACCCUGUAGAUGCGGGAAAAAGGAUAAAGUGAGGACAGUCUGUUUUCAAGCAGACGUAUCAUGUGGUACAUCGUGUGGAAUUCCAUUGUCGGGCUGCUACCAUACUUGCCAAAAGACAUGUCACCUACUAGGGAAGUGUCAAAAGGUUUGCAAACAGAUCUGUGGACAAAAAAGGCUCGACUGUAUCCAUACGUGUCCCAAACCGUGCCAUGGUAAGACAGAAUGUCCUGAUUUACCUUGCGCUGCAUUAGUGAAAAUUACUUGCGAAUGUGGUAGGAUAAAGAAAAGCAUCACAUGCAGUGCAAAAAGGGACACAGUUAGUGUAAUUACAUCUUCUAUAUUGGACUGCAAUGAAGAAUGUGAAACAUUGAAACGCUUGAAGGAAUUGAGAGAGGCGUUUGGUGUUAGCGAAGGACCCAACAACGUUAUAAGAAAUGAAUUAGAUGCCUUAUCUGAAUUGGUUUCUGUUGCAAAAACAUUUGAGGAACUUCAGUUGCCAUUCACGGAGGCAACAUUGUCGGUUUAUUCGAAACAAGAAAGGUGGUGUUUACAAAUUGAAGGCAUCCUUAAUAAGUUAAUGGACAGUGAAAUACGUUCAAGCUUGCAUUUCAAACCAAUGAGGCCUCCUCAACGCCACUUCAUUCAUGAAAUGGCGAAGGCUUAUAACCUAUAUGCUGAGUCUCAAGAUAGGGAACCUAUGAGGUCUGUUUUUAUUAAGAAGGAAGAUAACUGCACAAGCAAAAAGCCGGUUUUAUCAUUAGCAGAAGCUUACCCUCUAUACGAAUCCUUCAAGCAAUCGCAGAAAGAACGGAAAUUACAAGAAUUUCAAGCCCGCACUACAGCAAAACUAAUUAACUUCGAGGUUCAAGAUGCAGAAUCAAAAAUAGAAGCAGCCAAGAACAACGGGUUUUUAGUUCAAAACUUAGUCAGUGGAAAUACUGUCGAAGAUCUAAAGAGAUUUUUCGAACCGCACCUGAAGCAUACAUUAGUCGCGAAUCCUCAGUAUCUAAUUCUUGAUGAUAGCAGGUCAGCGUUAAUAUAUCCUGAAAAUUACGAAACAGCGUCCGUGAAUACUGAGCGUGACAUGGAACUUUUGGUUGGACACUUCGACUUCAUGGCGAAAGAAGCAUUUUUGGCUGACUCCAUCCACUUAUGCUCAGUUGACGAGGAGAUUGGGAAAAGAUUAGACUCCCCGGCAAUUCAAGAAGUCAGUUCUCCAGAGGAGAAGGAUAUGUGA